AGUCAGCUGGACGGCAUUCAGAGACUCGCAGGUUGAGUGGGAACUGUAACGAUGUACAGACAAAGAAACUAUAUAGCCAUGGUGCUGCUGUUGGUUCUUAUGGUUGUUCUUCUUAUAAUCAUCAUGAUGAAAGUCAGCGAUGAAUCGGAAGGCUCUGACCCCUCCUCACAGAAGUACGAUAAGCGGUCAGUCGAACCCUGUGUUAUGAUCAAAGACUGUCCGGAGAAACAAGUCAGCUUCUACAUCCAAAGUGGAGCCGGUCCUUCAGUGGAUCCAAAGAUCUGCAUCCAAAACAAAUUGGUUCUUGGAUCCCAGCUGAAGAACACAGGCUACGGAGUGAACAUGGUGAUACUGAACGGUUCAACAGGAGAAGUCUCAAAGGUGGAUCACUUUACACACAAUGACGAGAAACAACCGCUCAUUGACUUGUUGAAAACGCUCGAGAAAGGCUCGGUGGUGCUGAUUGCGUCCUAUGACAACAUUGCAUCAAGGUUGGAUGACGAGGCCAGGGAGCUGAUAGCUGAACUGGGGAGUUCUUCUGUGCUGUCUCUGAACACCAGAGACAGCUGGGUGUUUGUUGGUGGGAAAGGAGCUGCAGCAGAGCUCACCUUCGAGGAGCACCUGAAGAGUGACAAAAAAAACAACAAAUACGAUAACUGGCCCGAGCUCGUCGACCUGAAGGGAUGCAUCCCCGACUUCCUGGAGUGACCUGCUGCUUCAUGAUGAAGGAAAACGACAACUUUUAUCCAACACCAGGAACAGAAGCAGGAUGAACUCCACGUGUUGGGACCAGAUGAAAUGUGGACUAUAAGAGAAGAGCGUGAGCCAAACAGACUUCUCUGUCGUCUCUCAGUUAUGUGACAAAAAGGAGGAAAGAGCUGCUGGGGGUCAUUUCCACAGAACACUUUCUCAAAAUAAAACAUGGAGACCUCUUCGACUCAGUUAUCAUCUUUUAUCCCCUGCUUGGAAGAUUCGUUCAUCUUCUGUUGUUAGUCUUCUUAAAUUCUGUGUAUGGGUGCUGCUUGUGAUUUAAAGGGCCUCAUGGGUGCUGCUUGUGAUUUAAAGGGCCUCAUUGCACUUUGAUAGU